AGUCGACAACAGAAGAUUUAACUACAAAAGACGAGUUAACUACUAUUCCAUCAACUACAAAAAAAUCAACAACAGAGGACUCGACUACAGGAGACGGAUCAACCACAGGCGCGUCAACAACACAAGAAUUGACUACAGGUGCAUCAACUACACAACAGUCUACGUCAACAGAACAGUCAACAGAAAAAUCAACAACAGCAGAUCAGUCAACAACCUGUCUCUUAUACACAUCUUCAACAUCUAUAGACGAGCCAAUAACAAGCAUGUCAACAACACAGCAAUUUUCUACAGAAAAGUCGACUACACAACAAUCAACUUCAAAAGAGUCGACAACAAAAGACGAGUUAACUACUAUUCCAUCAACUACAAAACAAUCAACAACAGAGGACUCAACUACAGGAGACGGGUCAACCACAGAUGCGUCAACAACACAAGAAUUGACUACAGGCGCAUUAACUACACAACAAUCUACAUCAACGGAACAGUCAACAGAACAAUCAACAACACGAGAUCAGUCGACGACAAUUCACUCAACUACACAACAGUCAACUACAGUUGAGUCAACAUCUAUAGACGAGCCAAUAACAAGCAUGUCAACAACACAGCAAUUUUCUACAGACAAGUCGACUACACAACAAUCAACUUCAAAAGAGUCGACAACAGAAGAUUUAACAACAAGAGACGAGUUUACUACUAUUCCAUCAACUACAAAACAAUCAACAACAGAGGACUCGACUACAGGAGACGGGUCAACCACAGGCACGUCAACAACACAAGAAUUGACUACAGGCGCAUUAACUACACAACAAUCUACAUCAACUGAACAGUCAACAGAACAAUCAACAACACGAGAUCAGUCGACGACAAUUCACUCAACUACACAACAGUCAACUACAUUUGAUUCAUCAUCUAUAGACGAGUCAACGACAAGCAUGUCAACAACACAGCAAUUUUCUACAGACAAGUCGACUACACAACAAUCAACUUCAAAAGAGUCGACAACAGGAGAUUUAACAACAAAUGAAGAGUUAACUACUAUUCCAUCUACUACAAGACAAUCAACAACAGAGGACUCGACUACAGGAGACGGGUCAACCACAGGCACGUCAACAACACAAGAAUUGACUACAGGCGCAUUAACUACACAACAAUCUACAUCUACGGAACAGUCAACAGAACAAUCAACAACACCAGAUCAGUCGACGACAAUUCACUCAACUACACAACAAACAACUACAGUUGAGUCAACAUCUAUAGACGAGUCAACGACAA